AUGAAAGGUGAAUAUUCAUCAAAACCACCAACAUAUAGAUGGGAUAUGAAUGAUGCCCUAAAUAAAUUAAAGGGAAAUAUUAUGGAUCUUAUUUUUUUUGUGGGUUUUGUUAUAAGCAUUUUAGGAUCAUUUUAUUUUUUUUACUGGUUAAAAAGUAGAGAAGUGAGAACCAUAUGCAAUAAAGACAAUUAA